UUUUUAUCGCGGAGUGACACCACCUGAUCUCUGCCUUCUCACCUCUUAAUUGAAGUACCGUUGAGCGGAGCAAGCGUGCAGGUGUUCGGCCGUGUUAAUUAAAUCAAAAACUAGCUGGAGGUUCUCGUGGAAAGUGUUCACAAGCUGCUGCGCUGAAAUAAUACAGAGCCUCGCUUUAAAUUUGUUACGCACCAUGAACAGCAGUGGUCCAUCGUAUCCUCUGGCCUCUUUGUAUGUUGGGGACCUGCACCCUGAUGUUACAGAGGCCAUGCUUUAUCAGAAGUUUUCCCCCGCUGGACCAAUCAUGUCGAUCCGCGUGUGCCGGGACAUCAUUACCCGCAGGUCCCUGGGAUAUGCCUACAUAAACUUCCAGCAGCCAGCUGAUGCUGAAUGUGCCCUAGAUACAAUGAACUAUGAUGUCAUCAAGGGUCGACCCAUUCGAAUAAUGUGGUCUCAGCGUGACCCGGGUCUCAGGAAGUCUGGUGUGGGUAACAUCUUUAUCAAGAACAUGGAUGAGUCCAUCGACAACAAGGCGCUGUAUGAUACCUUCUCAGCCUUUGGCAAUAUUUUAUCCUGCAAGGUUGUCUGUGAUGAGAAAGGAUCCAAAGGUUAUGGCUUUGUUCACUUUGAGACUCAGGAGGCUGCAAAUCGGGCCAUUGAAACAAUGAACGGGAUGCUUCUGAAUGACAGGAAAGUUCGAAAGAUGGUUAAAAAGGAAUCUGGCAUUGUCAACCCAAAGGACCAUUUUCUGUGGGAAAAAUGUCAGCUUAGGUCAGCAAAUAGGUUUGUUGGCCACUUCAAGUCUCGCAAGGAAAGGGAGGUAGAGUUUGGAUCCAAAGCCAUGAAGUUUACCAAUGUCUACAUCAAAAACUUUGGAGAGGACCUCACCGAUGAGAAACUCAAGGAAGUUUUCUCUGCCUUUGGGAGGACCCUUAGUGUGCGGGUGAUGAAGGAUGAGAAGGGCCGGUCCCGAGGAUUUGGGUUCGUCAACUAUUCUCACCACGAAGAUGCCCAGAAGGCUGUGGACGAAAUGAACGGAAAGGAGAUGAGCGGGAAGAUCAUCUAUGUGGGCCGGGCUCAGAAGCGUUUGGAGCGCCAGGGGGAGCUGAAGCGCAAGUUUGACCAGAUCAAACAGGACCGCAUUCAGCGCUAUCAGGGGGUGAACCUGUAUGUGAAGAACUUGGAUGAUAGCAUAAACGAUGACCGGCUCAGGAAGGAAUUUUCUCCUUACGGCACAAUCACUAGUGCCAAGGUGAUGACCGAAGGCGGCCAAAGCAAGGGCUUCGGCUUCGUCUGCUUCUCGUCUCCAGAGGAAGCAACGAAAGCCGUGACUGAGAUGAACGGGAGGAUUGUCGCGACCAAGCCGCUGUAUGUGGCUCUGGCGCAGAGGAGGGAGGAGCGUAAAGCCAUUCUAACUAAUAAGUACAUGCAGAGACUCGCUACCCUGAGAACCAUGAGCAGUCCCAUUAUUGACUCGUACCAGCAGUCUGGAUACUACAUGACCAUACCGCAGCCUCCUGCUCGUUCAUUCUACAAUCCCAGUGCUGUCAGCAACCAGAGACCACUCCCUCGUUGGACGGGACAGCCGCCCAGGCCCCAGGGACCUUACUCGACCCAGUAUGUUGGGAGUCCUCUUCCUCGUCGUGGGUCGCCAACCAUCACUACAGUUCGGCAGGCUUCCACCCAGGCUCCACGCGUCAUAACCUCCACACAAAAGACAAAUAACAUAGGGACGCAGACUGGAGGAGGGCUGCCCAGAGGAAGUCAGUACAAAUACUCGUCUGGAGUGAGGAACCCUCUGCAUGUCGUUACUGUUCCUGCACCCAUGAGACCACAGGUUGUGCCUGUGCCUGUAGCAGAGCCUGCAGGCCUGGAGCCGCUCACCGCCUCAAUGCUGGCUGCAGCGCCACUCAUGGAUCAGAAACAACUCCUUGGGGAGCGACUGUACCCACUGAUUCACGCCCUUCACCCAAACCUGGCUGGAAAAAUCACAGGGAUGCUGCUAGAGAUCGACAAUUCAGAGCUGCUGCACAUGCUGGAGUCGCCGGAGUCCCUCAAUUCUAAGGUAGAUGAGGCGAUCGCUGUCUUGCAGGCUCACCAGGCAAAAGAGUGUUCUCCCAAAAAGUGAAACAAUUUAAGGUUUGAACGUUGUUCUGGAGGAGAUGAAGAGUUGAAAGAGUGAAUUUUGAAGGAAAAAGAGCAAAAAUUAA